AUGGAACAAAUUGCUGGACAAAUAUCUCUCAAUGACUAUUUCCGUCCUAUCCCUCCUCCUCUACCGCAAAGACAGGCAAUGCAGCGGUCUCUCCCUCCUCCUCCUCCUUCACCAGAAAGACAAGAACUUGCUGUAUCAUUCAUCAGCAUAUCAUCAGACGAGGAUGAGCCCGACACCCGAGAACUUACGGGUCCAACGCUCUGUAGGGAACAACAAGAUCUUCUUAACCUGAUCAUGAGCGACGAAAACGUCUUCUUUACCGGUUCAGCCGGCUGCGGAAAAUCUACUGUUCUGAAAGCUGCCAUAGCUCAGCUCCAAGCUGCUGGUAAAAAGGUCGCCGUUACUGCACCUACGGGCAGGGCGGCCCUCAACGUUGAUGGUAUUACCUUGUAUUCUUACAUGGGCUGGAACACUAAUGAUGUCAAAUUGGAUUUGGACAAGCUGAAAGGUAAAAUGUACGGGCAAGCAAAGAAAAAUAUCCGGAAGAGUCUCAAAGCCACAUAUGUUUUGAUUAUCGUUGAGAUAAGUAUGGUGGAGAACAACUUCCUAUCACGAAUGGAAGCAGUUUUGCGUGAUAUCCGACAUAUCGAACGUCCCUGGGGUGGACUACAGCUCAUUGUCACCGGUGACUUUUGCCAGCUACCUUCCGUGUUACCCUUUCAGAAUUGCUGGGAGAUUCAUCGCCAGAGCGAUAGGCCAUUUAUCAAAACGCUUCAGAAAUGCCGCCUUGGUAUUCCUUGCUCCGAACAGGAAUUCGACAUGCUUCUCAACCACGAGUCAGAGGUGGAAAAUGCCACACAACUUGUUUGCAAAAGGAAAGAGGCUAAAAAAGUCAACGCUGAAAAAUUGGACGAGAUCACAGAGCAUACACCAAAGGACUACAAAUGUGAGGAUGGUAUCUGGUUCCCCCCAUCUUAUGACGGAAGAAGGGAUACCUUUAGCGACCGAACUAAGGAACGGAAUUUAGCGUACUUUGAUGACCGCCACCGGUUCAACAUAAAAGUCGAGCUCAAGAAAACACAACUCGUCAUGCUCCUGGGUGUCAUCGUCGACUGGGAACAAAUUGACAUGGAGAAACUACCAAAGUUCGACGGGCCGGAUGGCGACCUCAAGACAACACAUGUUGGACUAUUUACAGACGAAUAUAUGAGAAACAAUCCCGAACCAAAGAACCAAGUAUGGCCUGUCGUGCGAUUUAGCAAUGGCUAUAAAAAGACUAUCUACCCGGUCUGCCUCGUCCACUCUGUCAACGACCACUUAGGAAUUAAGGUCUUUAGGACUCAAAUCCCUCUCAUACCAGGCUGGGCCAUCACUAUACACAAGAGUCAGGGAAUGACUCUUGAGCGAGUUAUUGUCAAUCUGAAGAACACCUUUGAGGUAGGCCAGGCGUAUGUUGCACACUGUCAAGAGCAACGAGCCUAA